UUAUUGCUCCUCCGCAUCGAGAGGAGCCAGAUGAGGUGGCUCGGCCAUCUGCUCAGGAUGCCUCCUGGACGCCUCCCUGGAGAGGUGUUCCAGCCACGUCCCACCGCGAGGAGGUCCCGGGGAAGGCCGAGGACAUGGUGGAGGGACUACAUCUCUCAGCUGGCCUGGGAACGCCUCAACAUCUGUGUCCUCUCUCUGUUUUGUGUUUUCUAAGCAUCCAUCUCUAACACAUUUCUACUCAUCAGCAAAACAUAAAAUCCUGUCAUUCUUCAAAUGUUGUCUGUUACAGAUCCAAUGACUGGGAUAGACUGAAACAACCCCUUACUGCAAAAAUGUCAAAGAGACCAUCCUAUGCUCCUCCGCCUCCUCCCGCACCCACAACUCAACUACCCAACACCACUGGGUUUGUGGGGUACAACCCAUACAGCCAUCUGGCCUACAACAACUACAGACUGGGAGGGAGCCAAAGCAGCAACAGUCGGAAUUCCUCUGGAAUAAAUAUCCCAAAGCCACCCAAGCCUCCUGAUAAGCCACUGAUGCCAUACAUGAGAUACAGUCGAAAGGUUUGGGAUCAAGUAAAAGCCUCCAAUCCUGAUCUGAAGCUAUGGGAAAUUGGGAAGAUAAUCGGUGGCAUGUGGAGGGACCUCACUGAUGAGGAGAAACAGGAUUAUUUGAAUGACUACGAAGCAGAGAAGAUUGAGUAUAAUGAGAGCAUGAAGGCCUAUCACAACUCGCCAGCCUACCUGGCCUAUGUGAAUGCAAAAAGCCGGGCCGAGGCAGCUCUGGAGGAGGAGAGCCGUCAGAGGCAGUCCAGACUGGACAAGGGCGAGCCUUACAUGAGCAUUCAGCCAGCAGAGGACCCAGAUGAUUACGACGACGGCUUUUCAGUAAAACAUUCAGCCGCCGCUCGUUUCCAACGCAACCACCGUCUGAUCAGCGAGAUCCUCAGCGAGAGCGUGGUCCCAGACGUGCGCUCCGUCGUCACCACCGCUCGCAUGCAGGUCCUCAAGCGGCAGGUCCAGUCUUUGAUGGUACAUCAGAGAAAAUUGGAGGCAGAGUUGCUUCAGAUUGAAGACCGCCACCAGGACAAGAAAAGAAAAUUCAUUGAAGCCACAGAGUCAUUCAACAAUGAGCUCAAAAGGCUGUGUUGCAUGAAGGUAGAGGUGGACAUGGAGAAGAUUUCUGCAGAAAUUGCUGCAGCAGAGGAGGCUGCACGCAAACGAAUGGCAGAACGUGAGAAGGAUGCAGGGGACCGAGGAGCGACAGAGGCCCCCACCUGUGUCUUAGCGGAGGAGGAAAAACACAUUUGUGCAACACAUGGCAGCAAGUCCCAGCAAAAUUCUCUCAGCGAAAGCAACAACAAAGAAGGCAAGGAUGCAGAAUCGAACGCCACACAUGCGCCAGAGAAGCAGAAAGCCCCUGAAGAGCUCGAGGCUCACCCUGGCAGCGAGGAGGGGGCGUCGGAGGACAAAGAAAGCGUCCCAGAGGGAGCCAUGGAGGAGGGAACCAGCGACAGUAACACAGGCUCAGAGACCACCUCUGCUCAAGCAGAAGACGCCCCGACUAGUGAGCCAUCAGAGGUGCCCAGCAGGGCCAGAGCAGCCCACUGAGUCCAGCACCAGCCAUUCUGUGAACUGUGAGGCUGUCUUUGCAUCCAAUGGCCUUCAGUGCGAUCCUUUGCUUACAGAUAUUGCACAAUAUCAUCUCUGUUUGUCAAAGUGUGACAGGAGCAUUCGGAUGGGCUUAUUGUUAAACAAGCCUGAGGUUACGGUUCAGCCCGAACAACCAGGCUCACAGAGACAAAUACAGACAAAAGAAAAAUCUGCACUCACAGCCGACAAAGCGAUGACCUGUCUGAAAACGAUGGCUAAUAAAGGUUGCCACAAAAGCCCAUUUGAAAGCACUAAACUUCUGUCUGCAUUGCCAUUAGGAAUAAUGCAUACAGCCCUUCUUCAGCACAUAUGAAAACAUAUCUCUAGCACUAUGUCUGGCAGACAAACAAAAUUGCUCAGUGUUCGAUUUAACUUUGUUCUUUGUAUUUUAGUGCCAUUGUUGCUUUUUCUUUGUUUUGCAUGUUGCAGUUUUUUUUUUAACAAAUUGUGAAGAAUGGAGCUUAGGUGACCAUCUCCUUGGUAGGAGAAUAUUUGUUUACUCUCUGUAUCGUUAUUACAGUGACAGUAUUGUCUCAGGAGUUUGUAGUCAUUAGACAGUGUUUAAUUAUUAUUUUUAUUUAUUAUCAGCAUUUUUAUUAUACGUGUGUAUUUGGGUGCUCUGGGUGCCAUCCCGGUUCCAUCUUUAAGUACAUCAUGAUCAUUGAUGCUGUACAGUGCUCGACUACGAGUGUUCUCAAGUUUGCUUGCUGUCAAUCAAAUCAAAAGCAGUACGCUUAGAACAUCAUCUGUGUUAUGAUCCGUGUUCAGUUUUCAGCAGGAAACUUAAAUGUACCGUAAAUGUGUACACAGUGUAAUAAAGUUCGCUUACACAUGGAAUUACAUGUUGUUGUAAAACAGCCUGAACAGUCAUAAACAUGCAGUCUUAAUAUGAAUUUCUUUUUGCAUAUUUAUACCAAUAAACUUUUCUA